AUGGCAGGCCAGGCUCCAGAACACGCGACUGAAGCUCUCGCUCAGCUUCAGCUUGAUGAAGAAACAGGCGAAAUGGUGCCUAAGCGGGAACUGAAGAAACGACAGCAAAAGCGGGCAAGGAAGGCCGCCAUUGCCGCCGCGCGAGCUGAGAAACCAAAUAAUACACCAAAACAACAACUUCCACCGCAAGAGAAGACGGAUGGCAUACAAGUUGAUCCCGAUGCCAUGUUCACGCGGGGCUUUCUCGCGGAUGUGUACAACGAACUCCCAGCCGAGCGCGUUGUCACACGAUUUCCGCCCGAACCAAACGGGUUUCUGCAUCUCGGCCACGCAAAAGCUAUCGCAGUUGACUUUGGAUUCGCCCGAUAUCACGGCGACGCCGAGGAGAAAGGGUUUAUUGAUGCUAUCAAAGAGACGAUACGUUGGCUGGGGUAUACUCCACAUGCCAUCACAUACUCGAGCGACAACUUUCAAAAACUUUACGACUAUGCAGAACAACUAAUAGAGUUGGGAAAGGCGUACGUUUGCCACUGCAACGAAUCCGAGAUCAAGCGGCAGCGGGGUGGACAUGAAGGCAAAGAAGGACCGAGGUACAGAUGCGACCACUCUGAGCAGGAUGUGUCGACAAACCUGGUCAAAUUCCGCAUGAUGCGCGACGGCAAAUAUAAGCCUCAAACGGCCUUCCUACGCCUGAAGCAAGACAUUUCGAAUCCAAACCCACAGAUGUGGGAUCUCGCAGCAUACCGCAUCCCAAAGGACCAAACUCCGCACCACAGAACCGGGAAUCGAUGGAACAUCUACCCAACCUAUGACUUUGCACACUGUCUAUGCGACAGCUUGGAGGGGGUGACUCACAGUCUCUGCACAUCUGAAUUUGUAUUGUCACGGGAGAGCUACGAAUGGCUCAACAAGAGCCUCAAGGUUUAUGAACCCAUGCAAAGGGAAUUUGGCCGACUGAAUUUGAAUGGAACCAUCAUGAGCAAGCGAGGGUUGUCAGCUCUUGUCGAAGACAAAAUCGUCCGAGGCUGGGAUGACCCUCGUCUCUACACUCUGGUAGCCCUGCGCCGACGUGGCGUUCCACCUGGUGCGAUUUUAUCCUUCAUCAAUGAACUCGGAGUCACGAAUUCGAGAACGUUCAUUCAAGUGAACCGUUUUGAGCAAUCUGUUCGAAAGUACCUGGAAACAACGGUGCCUCGUCUGAUGCUUGUCCUGGACCCUGUGGCUUUGGUGAUUGAGGACGAAAUUGAUCCUGGAAUCUCCGAGCGCCGUAUUCCAUCUCCCACGUCGGAGUUGAAUGGCCACACCCAGCGUCUGACACAAACCCUCUUUAUAGAGCGGUCCGAUUUCCGAGAGGCUGAUAGUAAGGACUACUUCCGUCUAGCACCUGGGAAGACGGUCGGGCUCAUCCAAUCGCCAUACCCAGUCAAGGUCGUGAGCUUUUCCAAGAGCCCAACCACAGGCAUCGUCACUGAGGUCCGAGCUGUAUUCGACAAGGACUGCAAAAAGCCCAAGGCGUAUAUCCAUUGGGUGCCGGAGGGAUCUAGAGCGGUAGAAGUGCGUGUGCACGCUCCCCUCUUCAAGUCGGAUGAUCCGAUGCAAACCGAAGGCGGGUUUAGGAACGAUAUUCGUCCUGAUAGCGAGACGAUCUAUCCUGGUGCUUUGAUUUCGAGUGGGUUCGAUGAAGUGCGCAAGACUGCUCCCUGGCCCAAGGUUGCUGCCAACAACGAGGGCAGUGCUCCGGAAAGCGUCAGGUUCCAGGCCAUGCGCACUGGUUAUUUUACCGUCGACCCUGAUACCACUGAUGAUCAUGUAGUUCUUAACCGCAUUGUUUCGCUGAAAGAAGACAGCGGCAAGAAUUGA